ACCUUAAGCAAGGUCGUGGUUUGGACACGUGGCCCAGCACGCCUGGAUAUAAACACAUGGCCCUUGCUUGUUUCCCACCGUUGGUCAGGAUGAGGGGGCUGCUUGUGUUCACCGCGCUGGUUGUGGCCAUUGUGGCCAAAGAGACGUUUGAGGGGCAUCAGGUGUUUCGUAUCAUUCCCAAGGAUGAAAUUGAGCUCAUGCACCUCAAAAACAUGGAGCUGAUGGAGGAGUUGGAGUUGGACUUCUGGAGAGGUAUCACGGGUGUUUCCAAUCCUGUGGAUAUCAGAAUUCCCGACUACUGCCUGCAAGCUGUCAUUGCCUACUUGGAGACUCAGAAGAUCGCGUACUCCAUCAUGAUCCACGACCUGCAGGUUAUGCUGGAUGAGGAACAGGAGGAGAUGGAUGCAGCUUCUCGUGGUACCGAGCCCAGAAACACGGACAGUUUCAUCUAUUCCAAGUAUCACGUCCUCAAUGAUAUUUACAGAUUUCAGGACAUGCUGGUGGCUGAGAAUCCAAACCUUGUCAGUAAACUUGUGAUUGGUCGAAGCUACGAGGGUCGUCCUCUUAACGUGCUCAAGUUCAGCACCGGUGGAACAAACCGCCCCGCCAUCUGGAUCGACACUGGGAUCCACUCCAGAGAAUGGGUCACUCAGGCCAGCGGCAUCUGGUUUGCCAAGCAGAUUGUGACAGAUUAUAAACAAGGCAAGCCUCUCGCCGCUAUCCUCAACAAGAUGGACAUAUUCCUGGAGAUUGUGACCAACCCCGAUGGCUACGCCUACACCCACACUGGUAACCGUAUGUGGCGUAAGACCAGAAAGCCCAACCCCGGCUACAACUGCGUUGGUGUCGACCCAAACAGGAACUGGGAUGCUGGAUUUGGAGGUCCCGGUGCCAGUAGUAACCCCUGCUCUGAGACCUACCGUGGACCCAGUCCUCACUCUGAGUCUGAAGUAAAGUCUAUUGUAGACUUUGUGAAAUCCCAUCGCAACAUCAAGGCCUUUAUCUCUAUUCAUUCGUACUCCCAGAUGCUCUUGUACCCCUAUGGUUACACUACAACUCCAGCCAAAGACCAAGCUGAGCUGCACAGUCUGGCUGCGAAGGCCAUUAAGGAGCUCACUUCUCUCUAUGGUACUAGGUACAAAUAUGGCAGCAUCAUCAACGUCAUCUACCAAGCCAGCGGCGGCACCAUCGACUGGACCUACAACCAGGGUAUCAAGUACUCAUACACCUUUGAGCUGAGGGACACUGGUCGCUAUGGUUUCAUGCUGCCAGCCAGUCAGAUUGUGCCCACUGCCAAAGAGACCUGGCUGGCUUUGAUGGCCAUCAUGGAUCACACCAACAGGAACCCUUACUAAUAAGUGUAAAGGAAGAAAUCCAUAAUGGAGAGAACAGAUUUGGCAAAUGUUAAGUUUUCUUUUGACAAUUAGCCUGAAUAUCAGCCCCGAGACCCUUAACUGGAGUAAUAAGUUGAAGAUGACUGAGUGUGAGCCUGAAUAUCAGUGAUGAUGGUGUGAACACUGAGCAAACAAAUAAAUUACCAUUCUGCAAAAA